CUCCCAUUCCCAUUCCCACCACACAUUACCAGACCUCUUCUCACUACAAUUGAAACAAUGGCAUGUUGGAGAGCUUUUCUCUGUAUCUGUGAACAAUAAUUUUGAGUUGAUCCACAACUCUCUUCAAUUUGAUAAUUGAGUUGGAUUUUUUUUUUGACAUUUUUAGAAUUUUUUUGUGUCGGUGGAGUGACACAUUUUAUAAUCAGGCAACACUGGCUUACGUACAAAUCUUCUAAGGAUAUGGUCAGUCAUCAUUUUCAAACGGAUGCCUGCUGAAUGGGCUGAGUCGUCUGUGAUCGUCAUCUCUGCAUUGCUUUGGAGUGUGCAGGCCUGGCACAGCCAGCCCUUAUCCUGCUUCACUGGCUUCAGCUGAGCCACUGUGUCAGAGCAGUGUGCUGUGUGAGAACCUCAGUUCUGGAUCACAGGGAAGCUGCCUUAAGCAAUGCUUAAUCUGGAUGUUAUGGCAGCUGGUCUGAACCCUCAGAUUUCUACCUCACCAAGAUAAGCUGGAUUUCCAUGGUGCGGACAUGUUCCUUGAACCCGGACCCUCUCUGCUGUAGUUCCGAAGAGUUUCCUGCAACUUGUCCUUCUGGCAUUUUCUUCCUUUCUGAUUUGACUGUUGGGAUAUAUACAGGACAGUUGAUUUUGGGGUUGCCGGAUGCUCCCUGCCUCUCCAUGGCAUGCUGUUUCAAGUCCCACCAUCAUGGAAGCUGGACGCUUAACAUCCCUCUUCCAGAUGAUGAAGCUGAGCAGCACCACAGCACAAUGGUGGGAGAGGGUGGCAGCACGGGGGACAGCACCCCUCCCCCAAAGCGUAAGGGCAAGUUCUCUACCCUUGGCAAGAUCUUCAAGCCAUGGAAGUGGCGGAAGAAGAAAAGCAGCGAGAAGUUCAAGGAAACGUCAGAAGAGCUGGAGAGAAAGAUGUCGACGAGGCGUACCCGACAGGAGCUUAUCGAACAGGGAGUGCUGAAGGAGGUCCCGGACAACGUUCUUUUUUUCCAAACCUUUCAAGAUGCAGAUGCAGAUGCAGAAAACCUGAAGCAGCCCUACGUGAAGAAUGGUCACACUCUGCCUGUAAGCGCUGGGGUUGGAGCCGGAGGGGGAGGAGUAUUCAGCACUGGCAGGAGCCCAUGCAACCAAGGCAAACUCCCCUCCGAGUCAGACUUCAGGAUGAACCCGACCUGGCUCACCCAGCCUGACGACCACAGGGGCCGCCCUCCCUCGGACGGAGACCGCCGGGGAGCUCCGUGCUCCAGGGGUACAGGACUCCAUGAAGACGGGCGAAGAGCGGGAGGGAUGGCGGCACGUGCACACGGGGAGGGCGAGUGGAAGCCUAACAUGGUCUGGCAGGGCCAGAUUCACAGCCAGAUGGAGGAGGGCAGACGUGGAGGCUGGCUUCACCCUGAGGACGGGCAGAAGAGGCCCGGGCUGCAGAAGGCCCCAUCGGAGGACGGGAGAAGGAGUCGGCCUGUGGAAGCGGACUGGAAGCCUACACUCCCUCGACAUGCAUCUGCCGAGGAGGGAAGGGCCUACAGAGACUUAAGUCGUCCAGUUGUCAUGUAUCUGGCACAUGAACCACUGUCAUAUCAUCAUAUUGACAACACCAAUGCAGAACUACAAAAAGAAAAGAGAAUUUUUUCUGUGGACAGAUAUGAAGAGCCAGACAGCCAUUUUGUCCAUGACCCGGAAGCCCUGCGGAACACCCUGCGUGAACCUCUGCCACCUAAACAACCUGUCAUGCCUCCCAAAUGGCUGAUGAGCUCCAGCCCUGAACCUGACAGCGAGGCUCCACCUCACACCCCAUCCAACCACCCCACGACCCAGUACUCCUCUCUCUCCGCCCCCUCGGCUGCAGCGUCCAAACCUGUUCGGUGCAUCUCCUCUGCGGGUGCGUCCACUCAGCAGUCUUCAUCUGCAGCCCCGAUCUCCACCUCUCAGGUCACCAAACAGCCCCCUCUGCCUCCACCUAAGCCGGUGAACAGGAACAACGCCACCAUGCUGGUCUCCGCCCUGCAGGGGGGAGAGAAUGCUCAGCUUCCGCUCUACUGGUCCUGCUGGAAGCGAGAGUGCGACUAUGAUGUCUACCUGUCCCUGCCCGUCUACCUGUGCCGACGGGCCGGCGGCCUGCGCUCAGGUGACUUCACCCAAGCCCCCGGGGGUGCCAGUCUUCUGCCAGCCAAGCCCUCUCCACCGAUGCCCCCCAAGAGGACCACCCCUGUUACCAAACGCAACACGGAGGACUCCUCUGCUUCAAGCCAUCCUAUCAACCCCUCGCCGCUUUCUCUGGAGGACCACAGCAGCCUCCCUGUUGGUUACCAGCUGCCUCCCCCUCCUCCCUCCCCUCCCCUGCCAACUCACAUACCACCUUCUCCACCCCGCCAACACAUACACACCCACCACCUCCAUCAUCAGCAUUCCUACCCCCACCCACUGCCCCAACCCAUACCCAUGCUGUUUGACCCGCCGAGCCCAACCAAUGAGUCUCCCCAGCGCCCGGCUCCUGUGCCGCUGCAUAUCAUGAUCCAGCGAGCCCUGUCCAGUCCCGGCCCGGCUCAGCCGCAUCCAGACGGGUCACAGCGUGCACACACUCUGCUUUUUGAAACCCCGCCAGAGUACCAAGGAGAUCGUGGUCGCCCCCUGCCUGUCAGCAUCCAGCCACUAAAACUAUCUGAAGAUGACUACUCAGAGGAGGAGGAGGAGGAAGAGGAGGAAGAUGACGAAGAAGAGGAGGAGUACGAUGGGGAGAUCCCCCAGCCAGAGCUGGAGCCACGGAGUCGUAGGUGCUUGGUCGGUGAUGCCGGUGUUUGUGUCAUCCCAGCGGGAAACAGCAGUGAGGAGGAGGAGGAAGAAGAGGAGGAAGAGGAUGAGGAAGAAGAGCAUGAGAUUCACGGGGAGGACAGUGACUCAGACAGUCCUGUGCUUCAUAAAGAUGAAGACUCAGAUGAGGAUGAGGAGGAUGAGCCCCCACUCAGCGCCCUGGCCAGCAGGGUCAAGAGGAAGGACACCCUGGCUCUGAAGCUCAGCAGCCGUCCCUCUGCUCCAAACAGGGACAGGUUUACCCAAGAGAGGAGCAGCAGAGACGACCAGCCUCCAGGACAGACCGGCCUCACCUGGCAGAGCAGGGAGCAGUGGGAGGCCAUCCGCACACAGAUCGGCACUGCACUCACAAGGCGACUUAGCCAGAGACCCACAGCUGAGGAGCUCGAGCAAAGAAACAUCCUUCAGCCCAAAAAUCAGGCUGACAGACAAGCUGAGGUUAGAGAGAUCAAGCGGCGGCUGACCAGAAAGCUAAGUCAAAGACCCACAGUUGCUGAACUACAGGCGAGAAAAAUCCUGCGGUUCCACGAGUACGUGGAAGUCACAGAUGCCCAAGACUAUGAUCGGAGGGCAGACAAGCCGUGGACUAAGUUGACUCCCGCUGACAAGGCGGCUAUCCGUAAGGAGCUCAACGAUUAUAAGAGCACUGAAAUGGAGGUUCAUGAAGACAGCAGAAUUUACACAAGGUUUCAUCGGCCUUAGCUUCCCCACCUCGCACCCGCCCCUGCCCCCACCCUCACCCCUUCCUGGUUAAUGAAGCACUUAAGAUCUCUGUGGAAUGAGGCUGCUCCCUAUGCAGACUGAUUCCCGAAUGUACUGUACAGAUUAUCAGGGAAAGCCUGGAACUGACUCGAAACAAGGAUGCUUCUCGCUUGCCCUCCAUCGCCCUCUCACUACAUUACUUUCACUAAACUGAGGUGGUGGUGGGUGAGGACCAGAUGCAGUAUUUCUCCCAGACAACAGGGGGAACCACGUGCCAAUGAAGUGGAGAAGAGGCAGAGGACCUACAGGGCUUACUCUCACUCUGCUGUUAUGUGGUACCCCUCAGGGACUUGGAUCUAGUUACAACCUUUAAUGCGG